CGCGUUGAUUGGCCGCGGAGUAAAAGAAAACGCGCGUCUCUAUUGGCUGGGCGUGCGUCACGCGGCAGCGGCGGCGUCCAGUGUGCUGAUUGGCUGCGGUAGUUCACGUGACCGGCGGAGAGGCGAGAAGCGGAGCGCGAUCGCGCCGGAGCGUCCGGCGAUGCCGCUGCCCGUGGCCCUCCAGUCCCGCCUGGCCAAGCGGGGGCUGCUCAAGCACGUGGAGCCCGAGCCAGAGGAGGAGAUCAUCGCGGAGGACUACGACGACGCCCACGUGGACUACGAGGCCUCGCGGCUGGAGGGGCUGCCCCCACCGUGGUACAAGGUCAUCGACCCCACCUGCGGGCUGCCCUACUACUGGAACGUGGAGAGCGACCUGGUGUCGUGGUUGUCCCCGAACGACCCCAACUCCGUCAUCACCAAAGCCGCCAAGAGACCCAAGGGGGGGCAAGCAGAACCUGAGGAACCCCCCGAGCGGGGCUACGAGAAGGAGGAGCCCCCCCGAGAGCGGCGCUUCCACCGGCGCGACGAGCUGGCGCCGUACCCCAAGAGCAAGAAAGGCAGCCGCAAGGACGAGGAGCUGGACCCCAUGGACCCCAGCGCCUACUCGGACGCCCCCCGGGGGACGUGGUCAACGGGGCUCCCCAAGCGGAACGAGGCGAAGACGGGGGCCGAUACGACGGCGGCCGGGCCCCUCUUCCAACAACGCCCCUACCCCAGCCCGGGGGCCGUGCUGCGAGCCAACGCCGAGGCGUCCCGCGGCAAGGAGUGACCCCCCCAAAUCCCCCCCCCGGGCCCCCCAAAUCCCCGGGGACCCCCCCAAACCCCCCCCAUGGGCCCCCCCAAAUCCCCAGGGACACCCCCAACCCCCCCCAAAUCUCUCCCUUUGGUGGAAUAAACGCUGCUGCAGCGCCA